AUGUUACAAAAAAAUAUCCAUAGAAACAAGUACUCUCACUAUUGGAAUGUAUUGAGUUUAUUAUUGCAUUUUCAGUUUCUAAUAGCAAGAGUAAGGUCAGAUGGAGACAGAUUUCAAAAUCAAGUUGUCCCAGAGGACCACUCUAGAGCAAUAAUUGACGUAUUGAAAGGUAACUUUGGCUAUAAUUCAGAAUUAAAUGGAAACUAUAAAGAUUCUUUACCAAAUAUAAAUAAUGUAGAUGGAUAUCAAAACGGAUACUACUCAGAUGGAAACUUUGUUGGUAUGAGUCCAACUCUGAGUUCAAGCUCUAAUUCAAAUAUUGGUAGUUUUGUUCAAUCACAGAAUUAUAAUCCAAGAAAUGAAGGUAAUAUCUAUAUAAAUCCUUAUAACAAUAUAAAUCAAAGGGAUACUAAUAGUAAUACUUAUGAUAUAAUUUAUUCAAAUAAUCAAGAAAAGAAAAUACCUCUAUUUUUGUCAAAAUCACCUUUAUUAAUGAAUGGAGGAGGGAAUUAUAAAAAGCCAAACUAUAACGUAGGUGAUCGGCAAGAAAUUAACAAGUACUUUUCUCCAUACUCUUCAAUCCACUACUUAAAAUAUUCAGAAGCCCCAGAUAAUAGGAAUUCUAGGUGGACUUGGAAUCACAUUGAGAAACCAAUAUUGAGAACAAGCACUACAAGACCCAUAGAGUUCAAGCAUAAGAUUCCAAAUAUUGAUGAAGCUUGGUGGAAUGUAUCAUAUAAUGUGAGAAAAGAACCACGAAGGGCAGAUAAUUCAGAAAGUCCUGGACAAAAUGACCUGGUAAAAAGCCAAAAUGCAGUUUCUAAUGAUGAUAUUGAAAGACUAGAUUCAAAACCUAUAGUUAAUCCAGAAGAUAAGACCAAAAAUGUAGUUAAUGAUCAGAUUCAAAACCAAAAUUUAAGUCAAAACCACAACCAUAGUCACAACCACCAUUACCAUCAUCAUCAUCAUCAUAAACACAGUCACAAUCACAAACACAAUAGUAGUCACAAAGAUCAAAUCAAUAAAGAUGAAGAAAACCACAUAGAAGACGAGAUUGUAAAGUCUGCAACAGUUGGAGAUGUGGUCAAUUUGACUCGAUUGGAACUUCCUAAUCCAUAUGAUAGGAAAGUUGCAAUAGAUCAACUUAUUUCAACUUCAUUGAAUAACUUAAAGCAGGAAAACUGGUCAAUUCCUGUUGAAGAAUUAAUAAAUGCAACCUUUAUUCAUCCUGGGACUCAACAACCAGAUCUAGUUCCAAAUCAAUUGGGGCCUAAAGUAAUGGUUCAAGACUUUUAUUGUAAUCCUCAGAUUCACAAAUGUACAAAUCUUCAGGCAGUUGGGACUGCUAUUGGUGAACCUAUUUGGAAGAUUUAUAACACUUCUACAAUUGGGCGAGCUCAGAGAAGAGUUAGUAAUCUUUUAGAUGAUGCGGAGGAACAACUAACUAUGGGACUAACUCAAACUUUUAUUGAUUAUAUUGAACAGGAGCCGACGAUUGAGUUAUUAGAGUCUAUUGGAAAAGCUCCCACAAAUAUAUUUCAAAUACCAGAAAAUGGUUCUAUUAAUCAAUUCUAUGAUAAUGCAACCAGACUUGGUGUAUUUCAGGCAGCAGAAUUUAUUAACCCACUUCCACAAAAUAAAACUGAUCAGAAAUUUGCAAAUGCUCUAAAAAAAGCUGCAAUUGAUUGCCUUCUUUCCAAUUUCACCUUACCAAAUUGUAAUAUUCCUGAAAAUAAUACUCGAAAUGAAGAACUCUAUGGCAAUUACUCCAUAUAUCAACUCUUUAAAGAUCCAAAAGAUGAAAAAUUACAUUAA